AUGAUUUGUUACCGUCUGUAUAUUCAAAGACUAAUCGAUUAUUUGGGCUUUAACAAGCCUUCAGAAGAAGAACGGCUCCGGCAGUUAUUAUUAAGCAAAAAGAAAAAGAAAUACAAGAGAACCGAACUGAAUUACAAUACGGAAAUGGUGACGAAUGUGUCUCUGUUACUAACAAUAUUAACAUCUUUAGCUUGUCUGACAAUACCGUACGCUGUUCUCGAAAAACCUUGUGAAAUAUUCAAAGAGCGAAAUAUGUACGUUUUGUAUUUCAUAACGUCUUGGAUCGAGGCCUACUGGUUCUUACUGGAUGGCUUGAUAGUUAUUCUGUUUAUUAUUUUGGUUUAUAUGUUUAUGGAGACAGUAUUUAAUGCUAUUGACAAUACGGAUAUCAGCAUGAGCCCGUGGGUGGAACAAGGCAGGUACGCCCAACCAAAACGGCCAAAGUUUAUCAUUCAGACAUGCCGUCCGACGAAUUUCUAA